AUGCUUAAAAAUAAAUUAUUUUUACAAUUUUUAGGAGAAAACCUUAUAUUCGAUGAUCUCUACGACUGGAGCGAUGACGAAGUAGUAGUUAUUGAUGAAAAGAGAGAAACGAUAAUAAUACCGGACUCGGAUGAUGAAGAAACAGACAAAGUAACAAACGAACAGACAGACACAAGUGUAAAUAAUACUACAAUAGACAACAAUACAAGCGAAUUGAAUGAUGAAUAUGAUAGUAUAAAAAAAUUGGAAAGUAUUGACCUCAGUAAAGCUAAAGUUAAAAUAAUAUUUGAAAAUGAUUCUGAUGAUGAUUUAAACCAUUUAAUAAAUGGCGUAAAUGACCCAGAUGCAAGUAAAAAUGUUAAUUCAAAUAUAACAUCAAAUGCUACUGAAGGCUUAAAUCUUAAAUGUGGAGAAAUUAUUUAUGAAUCAGAUAAUAAUGAUUCAGAUCAAAAUAUAUUAAAUACUAAUAAGAAAUUAUUAGAAGUAACACAAAGAUCAGAACUAAACGAAAUUAUAAAUAAUGAAGAUAAUAAAACAAAUGCGAGAAGUUCAGUUUCAAAUGAAAUUGAAACUCAAGUCAGAUCUAAUAGUGACAAUCAGAACGGUAUAGAUAUGGAUGAAGUAAUAAACGAUUUACGAAAUAAACUUAUAAAUGAUGCAUCUAAUAAAGUCCCUCAAAAUGAAGAUGAAGAUACACUUCAAAAUGAUCUAACUUCAAAAGUAAAUGCUGUUAAUGAUGAAAACAUAAGUGAUGAUUUAGAAGAUUCACAGAGACUUGUAAUUGAUGAUGAUGAGAUAUGUAACGAUGGCGAUGAAUCUAGUGACGAUGAGGGUGAAAGACCUGAUCCAAUGUUAGUUGAUGAAAAGCUAGUUAAGCUAUCACACGUAGUGCUAACGCCAAUCGAAGACCUCCCGGAGUGGCGGAAACAUUCCAGAAAUAAUAUAAUCAAGUGCAGACAAUUCAGCGUCAAAAAAUUCUCCAAAAAAGUUUACGUAACUUCGAAACAACUCAAAAAGUGUCGACCAUACAUACCAAAGAGAUCCACAAACGGUAUAUGGAUUCGGAAAAAUCAGGAACUAGGUCAAAUACCCAAAGAUAUUAGAAAGAAAAUAAAUAUUCUGUCAAAACGCUUGAAUCUACCCCGGACGUACUUCUCUCGGGAGUUUUGGAGCAAGAGGAACUUGGAGCUACUGGAGUUGUGUCGGCCUUUUUCCAUCCAAUUAAAGAGGAUUCCGAGGGUUAUCAAGAAGAUCGAAUUGGCCGAUAUAGAUGAUGUUAGACGGAUAAACAGGACGAUUUUGACCGCUCAAGUUGCGCCGAUAACAGUUGAGGCUAACCGCGUAUUUGUCAUCGACUCGUCAGCGCCUCCGACGACGGCAGAACGAAUUCAAAAUGUAUAUAAACAUAACAGCACAGGCAAUGAAAGCCUUCCUAAUAAUUAUAAAACACAGAAAAAAAAUGUACCGUCCAAUUUGACGGUAGUGCAAGAAAACGAGAAGAAUUCGGAUUCUGUACCAGAAGAUGGUACGCGAAAAAGUCUAGAUUCAAAUCUAGAGAAAGACGAAUUACCAACCGAGUCUGAUAUUAAGGAAAUGAUUAAGACAAUUGUGAGGAAGGGCGAUUUACCCAAAGCGUCGGAUGCCGAGCAUAAAUUAGAAGCGAAAGAUUUCAAUUACUUCAACAAACAGAAGGACCUGGAUAGUGAUCUGCGACAAAUCAGCAAGCUUGUGCUAAUGCAUUUUAAUCGCACGAAAAAUGAAAAUCCAAAUAAACGGAAAAAUAAAAAGAAGGUAAGAAAACAACCGAGCCCCGUACCGAUGCCAAACACAAUGGAGAACACAAUGGAUUCUCUAGAAGAGUGGCAGAGACAGAAGCAACAGAAUCUCGUAUACUUCAACUUCAAUACAAACCUAGAAGUGAACAAAAAAUCAGGUAAAAAUGUAAAUCAAUAUACGAAUAAGAAGAAAAAAGACAAGAAAGAUAAAUCAAACGCAGAAGUUAAUUUACACAAAGAAAACGAAGCUACACAAAGCAAAGAAACGUCUGAGGUUAUAGAUUCUAGUGAUUGUGGCGAAAAAGUAAUUAAAAGAACGAAUUCUGAAUCUGUUACCGAAGUGGCAGUUAAGAGUCCGAGAUUAGAAAUAAGUGAUAAAGCAAUUAAUGCGCCAAGUGACGUGAUAGAACUAAGCGAUGAUAGUAAUGACAGAGAUAGUAACAUUAUACCAAACGCCGAAUCUAAUAAUAUUAAUAUAGAUUUGCCAAACGAUCAAAACAAAUCUCAGAUAAACAUAAGUAUAAUACAAAAUACGAUACAAAUAAAUGGUGUCGGUGAUGAUAAACAAGAAAACCAUGAAAAAAAUGCUAUAACUUUCUUAUCGAAAGUCGCGGCAAACAUACAGAAAAAUAUACCACCAGCACCGCCUCAGAAUAGUAAUGUAUUCUAUGUUGCUAAAAAUUCUGAAAGUGUGAUGAGACAGACAAUAGACACAAACGCUCAAGACCCAGUUAUUGAAACUAAGUCGGUCUCCAAUUCAACGUAUUACUUGGUCAACGUAUCAGACUAUGUAACCGGUUCGAAUAAUACUAUCAUAUCCCCUCUACCGGAAUCGCCCGGUCAAAUGCCUGUUAUACAGAGCGUGUCAUCUCUGAGUCAAUUAUCGCACCAAUCCCUAAAUCAGAUGCCCCGAAAUGUAAUUGAUUUAAAUCAGGCAUUACGUAAUCAAACAUCACCUGUAAUUGAUUUAAAUCAGGCAUCCCUUAAUCAAAAAUCCACCUCAAUUUAUUAUUUUCAGCCUUCCCCAGAUCAAACAUCCUCAAUAGAUUUAAAUCAGCCCCCAUAUCCCAGUCGAGUACUCACCGUAAGCCCUUUACCGACAACAUCUAAUAAUCAGAAAAAUUCCGCAAAUGACACCGUUGUCGGAAACGCUUUCGAGAAUUUGGUCAAAAGACCGAGUAAUAACAAAUUUCAGAAUACAAACCAACAAACAGUGAGAAUUGCACCAAUGCCACUGAUCCAGAGUGUAUCUUCUCUACGACAAAUGGAUCAACAAAAUACUAAUUCCAAAAACCCUUCGCCAAGAAGGGACUUAGUAAAAUUGCCAAUCACGUCGGUUACUUCUAGACCUAUAUAA